AUGGAGUGCAAGAGUUGUAAUAGGGAGUUUAGCAGCCGGCAGCGGUUGCAAUAUCACCUGCAGAAUAAGGUAUGCAGCAAGGAAAGGCGCAAUAGUACCCGCUGCGAGGACUGUGGUAAGCAGUUUAGCAGCCGGCAGGCGUUGCAGUAUCACGCACGGAAAAAAGUUUGUCAAAAGACGCGGGAACGGCGUUGUAAGGAGUGUAAUCAUUCGUUUGGCAGCGCGCAAAUGUUAAAAUACCACGUGGAUAACCGCGUUUGUUUAAAGGAUAUCUGUGAGCGCUGCGAGGAGAAUAAAAGAGAAGAGUGGCAUCGACACCGCUGCCUCGGCAAUUACGACCUGCAGGAGGUAGUCUGCUGGGAGCAUGGCGACAUUGCCGCCCGCUGUUGUCCAAAGGAAACCAAAAGGAGGUUAACUCAGCGUAAGAAAGAAAUAGAUCAGCGCUUCGCAAUGUUUGACCGCGUUGAAGGUGUGCGCUGGGAGGACAGAGAAUAUUGGGAGGCGCUUUGCGAGCGCUGCGGCUGUCAAAGAAGUGACCAACAUGUUUGGCAGUGUUUGUAUGAAGGCCAGCGCGGCUUUAAAGAGUACGUAGAUCGCUUUGACGACUGGCAUGCCAACAACCAAAGGGAUAAGAAAGCCCGUAAGUGUUAG